AUGAACCACUGCAGUUGUCCAAGCUGGGACACCUUCAGAGGACCACUGCCACCAAAUGUAUGGGAGAAUGGAACUGCUUCUGGCCUCAGCUUCUGCUUGUCCAUCCCUGGAAUCUUUCAUUUUUAUCCCAAAGCCAUGCCAUCAGCCAGCAGGGAUGCCAGUCUAUCCUCUGACCUGAUUCACCUGAAUCCAGACAGCUGGACUGCAGGCUUAGAGCAGACAAUGCUUAUUAUUCUAGUUGUGGGGCGCUGGCUAAUGCCAAAAGGAGAUAUGUCCAGAGACCAGCUCUCCCAACUACUAUUGGUCUAUGUUGGACUUGGUGCUGACAUUCUGGACAUCUUUGACACCUUCAAAGAGCCUGCAGUUGAGACAAACUACAACAUUGUAAUCAUCGGGCUUACCUUAUUCACCUGGGCCAUCAUUCAGUUUACUUUGGUCCUGACACAAACAACACCUUUUCAUACAGAUAUUAAGACAAAGUCUGAUGAAAGUGUAGUAGCUCAUACACGUAAAGUAGCAGGGAGCUGCUGUUUAUCAUGCUGUUCCAGUGAAAUCUGGAGCUUGUUGGUGACUGUAGGGAUGCAAGAUGGGCCCUUUCUCAUCUAUAGACUAUACCUGAUGAUCCAUGAAAAUGUCCUUAAUCAGCUGAUGAUCUUCUUUACAUGUAAGAAUAUUCUCACUGUAAUGAUUGAGAUUUACAGGAUUGUUGCGAUUCACAGUGAAGCAAAUAAGAAAGAACCUGACACACUUACAACCAGUGUGACACCAGAAACAGGUGAGCAUGCAAAAUACUCUAAGGAAACAGAAUAGAAAGGAAGCCUUUAUGGAAACCAAUAUCAUCUAAUUUAAUUACCUCAUCAUAAACUUACUAAACAAUAAUCUGAAAAUUACACUGCUGACCAGGGGCCUUGGAAGUAAAUCACCCCAUCUUGACCUUAUGCAAAAAUAUUUACACAAAAAUUAAUACAUUUUUUACUUAAUCUAAUUAUAGGUUUCUGACAAAUAUAUAAUGUAAAAAUGAUAGAAAUGCAAUCAAGUGGACUUUACUGGAAUAAAUGUUUAUUUUAAAGCUGUUUUAUACAAUCAUCUCUUCAGUGGAUUUUAUGGUAACUUUGAAUGAGAAAUCUUAAUGAUGACUAAUUUCAGUGUUUUAUUACAGCACUUAACAACAUAAUUUAAAAAUCUUACCAUAUAUGAUUUCCUAAAAGUCAUUCUAUUUGAAUUUCCAACUGACACUAUACAAUUCAAAAGCACCAUUUUACUUGACAGUCCAGAAAUGAGGAACACCUAGGCUUUUUUAUCCUACAACCUACUGUAAGUGAUACAAAAGAGUGGAAAGGUCAUCAA